AACAAAUAAAUCAUAAUGACAACGUUACUAAGGCGGAUGUGGAGGAAUCACUCGAAGCACAAAAAACUAAACGAGGAAUUAGUGCUGGCUGACUGGGAAGGGGAGGGCUGGUGGCACGAGGAGAAGGAACCCACAAAUCAAAUCGAUGUACGUUACGCCGGUGUGGCGCCAGUCGAGAGAGCCGCUUCCGCUCCCGCUACAGCUCUUGCUGUACGAUCGGCCUUACACUCGGUUAAAGGGUUAAACAAAAAGCUCCAGAGGGUGAACUUGGACAUUAGUCCAAAAGGCAUCGUGGUCACUGACGCUGAAUCACAGGAAAAUGUCAUCAGUGUCUCUAUUUACAGGUAUUAAAACAAUUAUAGUUUAGCGCUUACUUUACUGGUGACACGCCUGCCGCCGCCGUAGAAUUAGACCGG